GUCAAUGGCAAGUGGGAAAAGAGCGAAUAUGAAUAUUAAAAAUGACCAUUAAGGGGACGUUUCCUACUGAUAUUCUCUUUUAUCUACCAAAAUAAUCCCAUUGUGCAAUAAUGAAUUCUCUUGCAAUGUGUCAAUAUAACAACAUUUGCAUAAAAAAUGACAUAUGUUCCCUUUUGGAGAUCUAAGGUUCUGUCAAUGUAACAACAUUGUCUUACUCAGCUGAGUCUGAACAAUAUAUCAUUUUAGCAUCCGAAUGUUAGCAUCAGAAUGUUAGCAUCAGAAUGUUAGCAUCAGAAUUGCAAUAAGUGCAUGCACAAUAGUCACAUUAGAUGAUGUCAAGUAACAAAAUUGACUUAAAUACAUCAUGCUUCAACUUUUCAGGCAUAAUAUAAAAGAAAAGCUUGAAUACAUCUCUUAUCCAUGACUAAUUUACAAGAAUAAUCUGUACGGUAGAACGGAUGUCCGCCUUCUUGGAAACGCCCUGAUAGUUGUCAAACCGAAACUGAAAAUGAGUUAGUAGUAGGAGGUGAACACUUAGGGUGCGUUCACACCUGCCUUGUAUAGUCCGGUUGAAUCAAACCCUGGUGCGUUUAGCCGCUUGGUGCGGUUCAUUUGGGUCGGUGUGAACACAAUCCGAGACCUCUUAAGUGAACUAAACAACCGGACUCUGGUCCGCUAAAAUAGGUGGUCUCGGAAAGCUAGCUUGCGAACUCUGGAGCGGUUCAUUGCUGGUGUGAACGCAGUCCGCACCAAAACAUAGGAAGCGCAGUAUUUACGCGUCAUUUCCUGUUGUGGAGGAGAGGAUUGCAAAUGGUGGAAAAAUGAGCGGCAGGGGACAAACGUGGAGCUAUGAGGAACACAGAUGCCUUCUGGAUAUCUGGGCAGAGGAGAACAUUUCUCAACUGUUGGAGAAUGAUCAUAAAAACACGGAGGUGUUCAAAAUCUUUAGCGACAGACUGAAGCAACUUGGAUUUAACAGUGUCGUAUAAAGGUGAAGAAACUACGACAACAAUACAUAUAAGUGCGCGACGCGCUGCAGAAGAGCGGCAGCUCCCCAAGUAUCAAAUAAACACUUAUUUGGUAUGAGGAUCUCGACAGUAUCUUGAACACAAGACCCAUAGUGAGCCCCGUAGAUAUGGUCGAGUCCUAUACGGAGGAAGAGGUGGAUAAGUCGCCUGACGAGGGGAGCCUAAGCUCCACUGCCGAUGCCGGGGCUGCUAAGGCGGAUACUAGCCGCAGUUACUCCGCGGAUGCCGAGGACUCUGAUAACAAUGUUGGAGCUGGAGACAACCCCAAUGACAGUGGACAGCCCUCUGAGCAGAGCACAGACCAGGAUCAGAGUCAGCAGCCAGGAACAAGAUGGGCUAUUCCUGGUGCUAAUUCCAGAAGAAAAAAAGCAAAGACUGGACAGGACAGUACAGUUCUCAGUGUAAUGGCUGAGCAAAUGAGAGAGGUGAAUGCACUGAUGGAAGCUGAGCAGAGUCACCAGAGGCAGGAGUCAGCCAAUUUUGAGACGUUUUUACGGGCACAACAGGAAGCUGAAGAACGGAGAUUCAAGGCCUUGCAGGAGCAAAGUCAGGAGAACAACAGAAUGUUCAUGCAGCUUAUUGGCAAUGUCAUAAGUACCAUGUCAUGUCCAACAUCACAAACACAUAUGCCCAACUGGAUGUCAAUGCAAGGUCACACAACAUACUCCAUGCCCCUGAUGCCCACACAACAUGCUAUUCCCCCAAAUUCGAUGCCCCACAACUCAUCCAUGCUCAUUCCUCCUUUCAUACAUAACCCACUCUUCAGGCCCUCUCCACCAUCCAUACCUACUCCAUCAGCAAUGCUUAUUGCCACUUCUACCCACUCAUCUCCACCUGUCAACCAAGAGCCUGACUGUCAACACAUCAUACCUCUGACUAUAACCGUUGAAGAAGGAAAUGAUGUUCCAAAAAUGUCCUUUAACUGAGUAGAAACGCAACUCGUCCUAGUUUGCAACUAUUGUUAGGUGGCUAAAUGUUGUGCCAAGUUGAAAAGCUGCUGCUUAAAAAAAAUGUGUUAUUGAAAUAUUCUGCCUGUUUGAACUGUUACCUCUAAGCACUGAAACUGUGACUGUACCUUUUUACUUUGUUGAAUUGAGAAGUAUUUCUUAUUUAAUGAUUAUGCAUUGUUCUACCUCAAUAUGUGGUGCCUUUUUUUUGUAUAAAUAUAUAUUUUAUAUCUUGUGUCAAAGAUUGGCUACAUAUCUUACUACCUGUUUGUAGUAUUUUUUGCAGUAUAGCAGUUGUUUUUAUACUGUAGCAAAGUCUGACAUGUUUGCA